AUGACUGUAAGCAUUGUGAAGAUGAGUGACUUGCCUGCACCAGUUGGUGUGAGAAUAAAAGUGUUGUGCCCCUCCAAUAUCUUGAUUGUGCCCCUCCAAUAUCUUGAUUGUGGCUUUGAUCUGCCACUGCCAAGUGUUUUUGGAAGCCAAGGCCAUUUUUCCUGUUUUCAUUUCUGGUGGGUGUCUUAG